AUGAACCUGAGUUGGCUACCAUGGCGGACGCAACGUCUUCACGCUGCCGUCAGAAACAAAGCGACAUGGGGUUAUGUCAUUUAUCGCACCACCUACACUCCUGAAUCGGACACUGCAUUCCCCCAGAUCAUCAAUCUACUCAAUACCUACAUCAAACAAGAAUUAUAUUCUGAAUACGCUUCCACACCGAAGAGUCAAUUACACAACGCAGAACCUACUCCAUAUCACGAGAUCUGGGCACAACAUCUUCCAGUCAUCAUGACCGAUCAGACGCAGUUCAAUGAAGCGUCAAUAGACUCCAUUCGUGCACACUUUGAAUCUUGGGUGAAUACGCAAGAGAAGCAAAACCACACCACGUGUAUAGUGAUUGAUGAAGAGUCACUACAGGCAUUUUUGGAUGCUCAGACUCCGAACGAGAAAUCAGAGCCAAAUAUGUUGGGGAUUCAUUCCAUGCGCUAUAUCAAGGUGAUAACAGCGUUUCCGGAGGUCGAUGAAUAUGAUAGUUUUAUGGGUGCGGAGUAUAACGGGGAAUGGUUGGGUAGGACAAACAUGAAUUCAAGUCCCAGUGGGAAAGGGAUGGCAUCAUCGGAGUCCGAUGAUGACGAGUAUGAUAGUUUCCUAGGUGGAUGA